AUGAGUUCUGGGCUGCUUGAAGACCUCAGAGAUGGUGGCGGGGAGUACCCAGCAACCAUUAGAAACGAUGAGGAUCUAAAAGAACUGUCGAGGUGGCUUCUAGAUGCGCGCUUACUCUGCGACCCAGACGAUGAGUUCGGCCAGCUUGUCCCCUCUUUCCAGUAUGAUUAUAUGAACGAACCGUUCGUGUUUGGAACGGAAGAGGUUCCAGAAGCAGACGUGGUCCGGAAACAUCGAACAAAGUCCCAAGCUUCCGAUAUCGAGAUACACUUUCCCGAGACUGUUGAGGGCCCCAAGUUCAUUAGAAUCGAUCCCGACGGCAGCAAGUUCAGAGUCGAAAUGGACUAUAACAACUCUACUGACUCUGACGACCGGGUACAUGCUGUUGUUCACUCCGUUUGCCUGGAAUUAGCUGGAAAGGUCUUUGAGUCUUCUCGUGUCGCCCACGUUCGAGAUAUGCGUGGUCUGUUCCUGGCCCUGCGUUGGAGACAAGGUAUCUGUUACAAGUCUGGAGGUUUGUGGGACUGUCAGCCGCAAGUCAACUAUAUGCUCGCGAAUCACGGCUAUUAUGUGCCCCAAUGCGACUGCAUUUACGACGGCAUGGAUUGGUCUGGACCUUACACGUCUCCGAGAGCUAACCUGUUCCAUCCAUGCCGAUCUCAAGUGGCACUCACAGCCGAGGCAGACAAGCUCGCUAAGAACCUGGCUAGGAUGCCGACAGAGAUCAUGGAGACUAUUUUCGAAUAUAUGGGACGAGAUUUACCUCGACUCUCUUCGCGCCUGGUCUCGCAGAAGAUCUGGAAGGAACAUCUCAAAGCAGCUUGUCGAGGGGUCGGGCUUCUCCCGUGGCUGUGGGAUAUUAAUACCGCUCUUGUCGAUGCCAAAGACGCUGAACUUUGCCCAGGAGGGCCUGGCUUCGAGUGGGACUGGGAGUUGCUGGCCCGUCAGCUCAGCCGUGGAGUCGACUACGGGGUUCGUCCAGACUGUCCCAAAGACGUGUAUCCCUAUCCCGCGUGGUUCGAUUCGCCGCUGACCUGGCACAUGGUCUGCACUGGAUCCCAUACGGACCUCGCACAUGUUCCUGCUGGGCUGCACAACCGCCGCCGCAUCUGGCAGCUUCUCGAGGAGAUGUUUGUGGGCGAUGCUAUACCCUGGCCAGCACGACAACAUUGCUGGUGGAGAAGGAAAAAUCAUGUUCGAGAAAAGUGCAUGCCACUUUGGUGGGACAAGUCUGGAAAUGUCCUUCCGUCCCCCAUAUGGAUUCCAUCGAUCUAUCUCACUUGGUAUGCCGACCCGGAAAGUCACCCUGAAGCGAUUUUCCUUAGGAGGCUCGGAGGAGAGGUCUACGCAUUUAAAGGCAAGUCUCGGCUGCAGUAUUGGCAAGAAGAUGCCAAGGAGAACAGUGAUUGCGCAUUGACUGUGGAUGAAGCGGGGGAAGUUAAGCCACGGCCAGCGACGGUAGAAGAAAUCUACGCGGUUUUGCGGCCGCUGGGAUAUCCAGUAUAA